CAGGAUUUGGUGGCCUCUCUUUCCCAUGGGACGCCCGUGCAGAUUAGGCGGCUAGCAGAGCCCGAAGAGGAUGAUGACUCACGCUCAUUCUAAGCAGCUGCCAGAAAAGCACCUAAAGACUUCGGAGACGGUUCAGGCGAUUUUCUCCCUGGACAACUAACCUUCAAACUCGAGAGAAGUUAAGACGUAAGUACCGAUGGCCACCGUGGAUCAUGGAGCAGUCCGGCCACUCACGGCAGUUGCGUGGACAUCCAACACGUCCACCUGCCCCAAAGACUUCACCUUGAUCAACAUUACUGAAGAUGGAGCAAGCGCAAGCUUCACACGCAGCUUUGCAAUAAGGUCCGGUUACUACCUUUGUUACAGUAAGGCCACUUCAGGUGGGAUGGUCGUGUCGGAUAUUCAGCUCAUUACAGAAAAGGACGCCAUUCCUCAUGGCUACUGCUUCAUAGCGGAACACUUGGAACCAAAGGCAAACGUUUCCAAGAAGAAACGCGUAUGUGUGCGUGUCGUCCCAGUCGGUAGUGUUGACACGGCUGUCCUGGAUAUCAAACUGACAGCUAAAAGCAAAAUGAUGUUGCAGCACUACACAUAUGUUGGAGACAUCCACGGCUAUGUGCUGUGGUGUAGAAAGGGCCCAUUUACCAGCACCAUGCCUCAAGCCAAGCCCCGCAGUGUCAGCCUGGGCUUGCGUAGACUGUCAUUGGAGCUCCCAUCUACUCCCCAGCCUCUAAGACUAAGCAACCCUCCUCAGGUGCCACAGGGUAAACUCAGCCAGAGGCGCCAUUCCCUCCAUGUCAAAGAAACCUUAGACAAACCAGCUGACAGUAGUAUCCAAGGAAUCACAGCACUAGAUGGAGUACCCUUCAGCCUUCACCCAAAGUUUGAUAUCCAAUCAAAUGCUACGACUCCUCAGCUGAACUAUCAGCUCAACAAUAUUCGUAUAAAAUCCCUCCAAGACAUAGAAAAUGAGUAUAACUACACAUUUGCAGUGGAAGAGCUUGCUGCCAAGAGGACCAGACCACAGGUGUCAACAUCCUCAUCAGCUCAGUGAUCUUUCUUCUUUUCCAAAGCAACAUCAUCUGACCUCCCCCGUUAGAAUGUCAUCAUGGUACAGAUGAAGGAACAUCACAUGUUUGUGCAGGUUUGGACCAUGAGCCAUCUGAAGGAAUGGUGUUAGGUAAACAUUGUGUAUUAACCAUCAAUUUGUUCUUAAUCUUACUAUUUUCAAAAAUUCCAAUUAACUUCCAUUCCAUUUGAAGAAAUAUAUUCUUUUCAGGAAUAUCAGGGUGAACAGUGUGAUGAAUAUAUGACAAGGUGAUCUGCGGUUAUGUACAAAUCAUCUGCAGUGAUCACCCAUCAUAUUUGUUAUUUUACAGGCUUCAUAUGCUAUGCAAGGUUCAAUCACGUGCCAGCGCUGUGUGCUGUUUACUACCUGACAAUCUAGAGUUCUACUGUUCUCCACAAGUAUUUAAAAAAAAAGUGUAAAGUGGGAAAAAAAGUGUCAACUACAGCUAUUUCCAUCCUUUGGACAAAGUCUACCACAAGCUGUCACUCAAAGUUCCUUUCCUAGACGCCACAGAAAUAUAACAAAUUCCAUUUGAUUACAUUUUGAUUACAUUGCUUGAUUUUGAAUAAAUGCAACCUGGCCCUUUCCAAACAUAAAGUAGAUUAAAAGCAUAAAUUAUUGUAUUACACAAAAAAUAAACAGAUAAUAAAAUGUGAUUCCAUGUAAACACAAUGAAAAAAAUGUCUUGCAUGUGGUGCAUGAAUAAAAUGACCAUACCAUACACCAUGUUGACCUAAUGACAAAUAUCCACAAUUUAAAACAAUGACAAACUUAAUAAGUGGAUGUUCCCAUAAAAAGCCCCAAAUUAUAAAGAUUAAAAGUCAAUUUUAUUUUAUGUGUUGAAAAGGGUAACAAUUCAUCAAACAUUUUUCUAAAAUCUCAAACUAAUAGAUUGCACAAGAAAGUGGUGUUUGAGAGUCAUAUUUGGAAAAUUAUGUAAUGUUUGAGAUUACAGACUGACAAGUGUGGACUUCAGCAGGAGGAAAAAAAAAAUAAAGUUAGAUUACAGCAAAGAAAAAAAACGUCACUUUUUCUUGGUGAAUCCAUAUCCUGGAAGUAUAAAUAUUUGAAUGUCUGUCAUUGUAUUUCCUUUGUUAAGAUGAGUAAGAUUUGUUUCAUCCCCACAGAAAAAGGACGUUUCCGUGUUUUUAAAAAAAAAAAAAAAUGUGUGUGUAAACCUUUUGGUGGCAUGGGAUUUAUAUAUUUAUCGACAAAAUGUGAUUGUGAAUGAUCAGUGUUCUUUCUACGCCCUCAAAAGCAAAUGUAAUUCUUGAGAAAAUAAAAGAUAAUGAAGA